AUGUCGGGGCCCAACGGCGAGCUGCAGGCGCCGGAGGACGGCGGCCGUGACAGCGACAGCGACGACGACGGCUUCGGGGAGGAAGAAUAUGCAUCAAUAAACUCCAUGUUGGACCAGAUCAACUCCUGCCUGGAUCACUUGGAGGAGAAGAAUGACUACCUCCAUGCCUGCUUGAAAGAACUGCUGGAGUCAAACCGCCAGACCCGCCUGGAGUUCCAGCAGCAGAGUGAGCAGCAGGAGAGGGAAGCUGAUGCACAGGGACCACAGCCUCCCACCUAG